UGUGCUACUGCUUUAUUCCGUCAGUGGUGAUGUAAAACGUCAGAUGUGAAUGUGAAGCUAGUGGCAGUGAAAUUCAAUUUUACUAGUGCUAAUGAAAUCGAUUUUAAGUGUGCUAAAAUGGACGAGUUUGUGGAAAAUACGUUGAAGAAGUGGAAUUUGUCUGAUUUGGUGGAGCGAUUUCGUGAUGAAGAGGUCAACGAGGAAGCUUUCCUGCUUCUAACGCCGGACAUCAUCAAAGAACUCAUUCCAAAGCUAGGAAGGCGUGCGAUCUUUACCGCUCGAUUCACCGAACUGAAGAAAUCGCUUCAAUCGACCGAAGAGCAAUCCUCUUCGAUCGCUAGUCCUUCACCUGCUCCGUUGGAUCCAAAAUUGCAGCAACCACCGACGUCGGCGGCCACGUUCUCAAUCACUGAGAUUUCGACUCCCAAUACCGAGAACAAUGAUAAGCAAUUCGAGAAAUAUUUCCUCGAACAGCUAACGUCUACCUCAUCCACCACCACUCCCGUUUGUGUGUCGGUCCCAAAUGCCGCCCUCCAGGACACCUCGCCGUCCGAUGCAGAUGAUGAUCCCAUAGCUAAGCGCAUCAAGCUGGAAGCGAUCGAAGCCGACGAAUACGGUGAUUCCAUUCUGCUGGAGGACAGCUCCCAGGACUCUCUCUCCCUGCUCGUCGAAAGCGAUCGCUCCAUGAACCAGAUGAUGAACGACCCGGCGGUGCCCGGUUCAGAGAAGCUUCGACUUCUGUUGAGCCAAUCUCCAAUGACUCGGAACUUGAUCGGUCUCAACGAGCUAGACAAAUGCCAGCGGAUCGAUUUGACCAACGUCGUGGUGCACUAUAUCGUUUCGAGAGAAAGAGGGAUUACUCCAACCCGGAGAGCUAAACGCGACACGUUUAACUACUGGGCCGAUGCCAUUGUGGUUCUGUUUCCACACGAGCGCAAAACGACCUACUUCUGUGGCAUGGACGGCCUUACCGGAAAGCUACAGCAACGAUACUCGAAUAUGAUGCGAAACAAGAGGAACGAAUCGAUGACGCAUCAACGAGACCACGGGGAAGGCUCGUCUCAGCAGAACAGCAACGAGCCGAAUGAGGAAUGUACUCAACCGGACGAUUCAAGUUUGAUAACCCAUGAAGAGCAACGAGUCGUAGAUGAACUUAGACGAAUUGUUUCGUCCUGUUUCGUGAUGAGGGAUACGCUGCAUGCGAAGACGCUCACCCCCAACCAGAGGAACAUUCUGACGGCCAACAUUAUCAACUACCUGAUGGACAAAAACGGUGGACCAAUCCCCAUACUGGAGCUGGAGUGGUACGCGAAAGCGAUCGAGAAGAUAUUUCCCAAUGAAAACGCUUCGAUCUACUUCCGCCGACAGGGCAACUACGCUCGCGUCAACGGGAAACUAUUCGACCGGUACGGUUACAUGAAGCGGAAGCGCAGUUUGGCUCAAGGGAAGUCGUACAAUGAUUUCCUGGACAGCAGCACACCGAUAGGGCAAAUGUGGGAGAUGAAAACCGUCGAAGAGGCACGGGCCCUGUGGAAUGAGACGCACAAGGCGCGGAAGGAAGUGACCCGGAAGGCGGUACCGGCCAAGCUGUACGAAAAGUUUCCCUUCCUAUCGCAACCGGAUGGAUACAGUCUGUUUCUCGAUGACUUCAACCAGGAUCACCCGGACGCAAUCGAUACGUUCAAGCAAAACUGGCCCGAGUUUGCGUCAAACAUCUAUCGGUACAUUGAGGAGAACAACUUUUUGCUAAGCGUGACGGAAUUUAGCACCCAUGAUUCUCCGAAACGGAUGGAUAACUAUACGAUAGUAGAAAUCGUUGAAGGUGACGGUACCUUCCUAUAUACGUUGCCUUCGACGUGGGUUAUCAAGAACGGCUGGAAUCAUGACGUCACGAAUGAUACGACAAACUCCGACGGAGCAGAUCUAUGCUACUGGCCCAACAGUGCUGCUGGUUAUCGCUUAUUCGAACGAGCCAAAGCAGAUCCCAUCGUUCAGAUUGUUCGAGAUGCUCUCAGUGCCUGCCAAUGUAAGAUCAAGAACAGCAAUUUCACAACAUACGAAGAGGCAUAUCUGGAACAACAAAUGAUGGAGAUCAAUAGCGCACUGGAAAAUCGCGACAUGCAUAGAGUGUUGCUUAGUGGGCCCGAAUCGCUGGCUGCGUCAUCUAAACCAGCCGAAAAUGGACCCAAGAGCUCCGUUGGAAGCGAUACGCAAAAGAACGAUCUACUGGAACCUAUAAAUCUUGUCCCCCGAACGGCGUCCGUGAAUGUUCAAGCAUCGCUUCCAUCGCCUUUCGAGUCGAAAGUUGAAAUCCUCCAGGCAACGGUGAAUCGAAUCACUGCCGAAUUCGAGGCAUUCAAGCUUCACAUAAGAUCAGAGUUUGCCAGGGUGUACAGGAUGAAUACCCCCGCGGACGUGGGUAGGCUUUCUGAUCCGGGCCUGAUGGUUCCACCAACGGUAAUUCCACAAGCCCUGCAGAAUCCCAUGCUUCCGGUUGCACCAAUAGUCCCGGCCCAGAGGCCCAUUCCGAACGGUCAGCCUCUAGAAGGUUUACUGUCGCCGGUUAAGAAUUUGGAAGAUCUGGAAAUGCUUCAGGAUCGUGCACGGGAUGAACGAUUCGUGGAAGCCAUUGUGCAAUCGCUGGGCAACAUCCACGGCAAAGAUCGAUGCGUUGGGAAAGGGUGGACCGUCAGUCUGCAGACGGUGGAUUUCUUCUUCGACCGGCGGUUUCUGCUGCGUUGCUCCUGGACCGGUAGCGGCCGGAACAAGGAGAAAGAUGGUGUAAAGAUUAGCAAAAUUGCAUUCCACAAGUACGACAAGGUGAUCAACUUGUUCUACCGGAUGGUUCUGCACUCGGAUCCGCUGUUUACGUACAACGAUUGCAUGAAGUUUCUGCAUCGUUGCGUGCGAAACGCGAAGGCACGUGCGGCAGACGUUAAGCAAAUGCGACAGUCGGUCGCACGGAAUCGCAAGAAACGGACCGACCCCAUUUUGGCGGGCUACAGCCAAAUUAUUCCGAUCAAUCCGAACCAGAUGGAACCGCCGGAAGAGUACUACUACCAAGUUGAACCGGUGGUAAAGGAAGAGUUCACCGAGGACAACUCCAACCAGUACGACGUCCUGUAGAUAAGUACCAAAGCGACAUUUCGACUUCGUGUCUCAUCCUUCUACCGCUGCUUUUCAAACUAACCGUGCGCAACGAAAAACACUGGAGUCCAUCCC